UGAACAUUGAAUGAACAAAUUGCUGCUGCCCUUGCCGCUACAUAAACAUAACCCUAAUUAUCCUUCAGUAGCAUGAAAACACACUUCUUUACUAGUGUUAUCUUCUCAUAAAAGUGUGAAAUUACUAAAAAUGGAAAAAGAAAAUGAUUCCGAAACCUCUAAGAAGCGACGAAAAUCUGUUACUACGAGUGCGACACCUCAAAUAAAAGAUGCCGACAUGUAUAAGACAAUUAUUAGUUAUGAGGAAAAAGAAGCCAUGAACCGGUCGCCCGAAACAGAUUCAGAGAGUUUUUUAUCUACGUGCGAAAGUAUACGAAAAUCCAUGGAUAAGAUUGCAAAACUAAAAAACAGCAAUGAUGAAAAUGCAAAGGAAGAGAUCAGGGCAUUACAAAUUCAAACAUCUUUGGCUUUCAUCGAAUUGAAAAAGUUGAAUCGGAUGGAAAAGUUCAGAACAAAGUUCGCCAGGGACUCUUUGGUCUCUGCUAAAAGCAGUGUUGACAGUAGACACUUGCAUUUACAGAAUUUGCUUUAUGAAGUUAUGCAUCUCAAGAAGGAAGUUAUCAAGUGUUUGCAGUUCAAAUCAAAAGAUGAGUCGAUCGAACUAGUACCUGAAGAAGAAUUCUACAAGGACGCACCCGAGACUAUCUCUCGGCCCGAAGUUACAAAGAACGAUCCUCAUCAAUUGCGUUUAGCUCGUCUUGAGUGGGAGUUGAUGCAGAGGAAGCAGUUGGCUGCUUUAUGCGAUGAACUGACUGACAGCAAGAAAGGUGUAGCAGCAAGUAUAGAAUCCAAGCAAUCGCGCUUGGAUAAUCUCGCACCUCAAUUACGUACAAUUUUAGAGACGAGCAAGCCACUUCAGGAGAGCCUCGGUUUGCCAUUAGAUAGAAUCAGACAAGAACAUCAAAAAGCAGCAUUAUUAGCUUCGCCUCUUUACGUUUUAUAUGCAAAGGCAGCUGCAUAUAGAGAUGCAUACGACUCCUCGUUACUUGUGAGUAUUGAAGGUGACGACGAUGAUGCUAAAAGAGUCAAUAGUCAAGACAGAUCUCAAGAUUCAGAUUCAGAUCAAGAUAAUCAACCGGAUGGCGUAGUAGAAGAAGCACCAGUACAUAAAAAGAGACACCAUAGAAUGUCCAAAGAAGCUCGGCAAGAGGAAAAAAAAACGAGGUUACUUCAGAGACAUCCUUUAAGCAUACGCCUCAUAAUGGUUUUGAAAAAUGAGACCAAGCUGAUGUUGAACUUUUUUUAUAUGAGCUAUUUGAACGUGGUAACAUUGGAAUCUAAAUUAGAAACCGAAAAUCCUGGUGGUGUCAGUGCAGGUGACAUGCUGAUGUCUGAUUCUGUUCUUCGAGAAUUAUAUCCUGGUGAUUUGGGAAUGGAAAGUCCAAAUCCCGCCAAUCAUUACCAACUGCGUCGUUACGGAUUAGGAUCUUUUCCAUCCCUUGGAUUAGGCAUCCCAUAUAAUUGGGCGCAGCGCAUGGCUGGACUGCGUUUUAUUACUUCAGACAAUACUAAACAAAAGGCUGCGGUUAAUCACGGAUUGGCACAAGAUAGCGUGGAAUCUGUGUUGAAAGAGAUAAAAUGCCGCGUAAAAGCGCGGCUAGAUCUUUGUUCAGAAAUUCGUAAUCUCGAGUCAGGAAAUCUCCCUAUCUUCAUAGAUGGCAAAGAUCCGAUGCCGCGUAAAAUUGCUGCUACUUUACACAAGUUCAGUACUCUUUCUUGGAAGAACUACUCCAGUUCUGCCGAUACACCACCCUUCUGUCAAAAAGGACUUGUAUCCUCUGUGGAUAUCUUCUACGAGGCUGUGUUACGCAGAGGGAGCAGUGAACUGAUUGCCCGGAUUGCAAUAAAACCUGACUAUCCACGAGUCGCGCCGAUUUUCAGUGUUACUUUCAAUCCCACUGUCCCAGGAUCCUCUGAUAUUCUCAGGGAUAUUGAGAGAGAAGUGAACGUCAUGUGGGACAAGCCACCAACAUUAUCUGCACAGUUACAGCGAUUGAGAGCUUGUUUUGAUGUAUAUCUCGAAACAGAGGAGAUGGCUCCACGGGAAAAAAUAUUUUUCCACGCAGUCAGAGGCAGGACCAGGGCCAGGCCUUACAAAUAUCUUGCAUUAGGAGGUGGAAUUUUUACUCAACGAUAGACGAAAAUUGUUCAUUGAUAUUUAGAGUGAAUGUACAAAUUUCAGGUAAUUAUUUUUAAUUCCUGAAUUGCGAAUAUUGUAUGACAUCAUUGAUUUCCAGUCAAAUAAAUCAUCCUCCAAAGUUAAAAA